CCAUGUCCGGCGACAGUAAUUAAUAAUCAAUUUACUCUUAUGCUAUAAAGAUGGCCCAGUUCCUGGUUCAACAUAGAUCAUAGAUCAUUCAGUCAAACUUAUCAUUAUCAAAGUACCAUUCCACCAUGCCUGCUCCCUUGAUUUUCAUAACCGGUGCUACCGGUUUCAUUGGCAGUGCCACCGCCGUUCAAGCUCUCAAGUCCGGAUAUCAACUUCGAAUCGCCGUUCGCCAAAAGUCCGAGAAACUUGAAUCAUUGUUGUCCGAGUACCGCGAACAACUGGAAUUCGUCAUCGUCCCAGCCCUCACCGAGGAGGCUGCGUUUAGAGGGAAGCUUGAUGGAGUGGACUAUGUCCUCCACCUAGCAUCGCCUCUUGCCAACGGUACAGACAAGAAUGCCUUUUUCCCCCCCGCGGUGAAAGGAACACUGGCUGUACUCAAAGAGGCAGCCAAGGUUCCAAGCAUCAAGAAGGUUGUGGUCACUUCAUCUAUCGCUUCCUUGAUUCCUCUUGUUGGACUUCCCGACGGUGGUGUCAUUAGAGAGGAUAACGACUGGGAUCUCGCUGUGGACCCCACUGCAAAUUUUGUGGAUCCCAACAAUCCUGCGGCAACACCGAUGACUUUGUACCGGGCGUCCAAACUGCUUGCGAACAACGCGACAUGGGACUUCUGGAAGACAGAAAACCCGCAUUACGCACUGGUGACUCUUCAUCCGUCGUUUGUCUUUGGGCACAAUCUCGUGCAAGCUUCCGCCAAAGAGAUUGAAACAGGCUCCAAUGGAAUCAUCUGGGGUAGUGUUAUAGGAGGCGUCCCACUUGGAGGCAUCACGGGUGUGCACAUCCAAGAUGUUGCUGAGGCCCAUAUCAAGGCGUUGGACCCGAAGAUCAAGAAUGGUACGAAGUAUUUGCUCUCCGGGCCGUCAACAACAUGGAAAGAGGUCGCUCGAUUUGCGCACGAGUUCUACCCCAAUAUUGGUGUGAAGCUUACGGAGCGUGCCGAGGGUGCCUCUAUGCCGACUGAUACCACCAAAGCCGAAGUUGAACUGGGAAUGCAAUGGCGACCUUGGGAGGAGAUGGUGCGGAGCGUGAUGGACCAGCAAUUGGGCUUCCUUUAGGUCAGGCCAUGGAGAGCUUGUAACUAGAUCUUGACUUUAUGGUUUUAGAGAACUAGCUUGAAGUGUAUUUGAAACAAAAAGUUGAGACUUCUGCUGUCGUUGAUAUCGCGUGUGUACUUUUCAGCGGGUCUUCAAUGCUGACACUACAGUUCAGGGCCAUUUAGUUGACAUCGCUCAAGGCUAGGAGAUUUAGAGUGAACAAUUAGCCAGCAACCCUUACCAAAACAUUGUCCUUAUACACCACCCUGCACGUCAUCCAAUCUCAUAUGGGCCCUUUCCUUCAGAUAAGAAAAUGAGGUUCAGCCAGCGCAGAGAG